CUUUAACCUAAACACUGAGAUUCAUGAUCGGAACAUCAGACCUAAAGCUCACAAAGGGAAGAAAAGUCUUCAGUAUGUUUUCGUUCUAUCAGCAUGACGGCUUCAGCUUCUUUUUCCACACUCCUCACUCCCAGCGCCCCAAAGUCGGGAUUGGGAGCGUAAACUAAACAUUUUAAUUUUUCCCCCGAGUUGCUUCAGACCCUCAUCAGCCUCCUUCCUGUUGUAUCCUGAGCUCAGAAGACCAUGGACUGUCCUCCGAAGCUGUCCGGAGAGACGCUGAUCGUACAUCACAUCCCUCUGGUGCACUGUCAGGUUUCAGGAUCACGUCAGCGCUGUGGAAGCCCGUUGAGGAAAAGCAACAACCCGUUCAGCUGCCCGGAGAACCUGGGCCUGAUCCGGACCACCUCUCUUCCUGAGAGGGACGUCCUUCAGAGAGAAGCUCUGGUGUACAGCAGCCUGAUCCAGACCUCCAGCGAUGCCUUCAAUGAUGAAGGGAUGGGAGAGAAGAAAGGAGGAGGAAGAGGAGGAAGCAUGGCCAGCGACACUUCCUCUUUCACGUCCAGUAAUUCUGAAGACGCGCUUCCUAAAGUCCCGUCCAAGACGGAGCACAACAGGCAGAACCUGCUCAGACACAACCCCUUCGUCCUGAACUCCGGCGAUGACGAUUAUGACGACGAUGAAGAUGAUGGAGACAACCUGAACGGAUACUUGGAGGAUUCAUCCUUCCACUUGCACGGAAACUCCUCAGAAGAUGGAGUGGACCUGCCUCCGUUUCAUCUCCAUGAGCUCGGCUACAGAUCCGGACCCUUCCACCUAGACGAGUCUUUAGAUAAGCCCUGGAGUUCCGGCCAAAAGGGGGCGCCACGCCGGCUCUUCUCCGCCCGUCUCGAAGGCCUGGAUCUUCUGGGACUGGAGCUGCAGCGUCGUCACGGCAGCAGCGGCUCCACCCUGUCGAUGGACUGUGGAGAGCAGGAGUGGGACGACGAGGACGACGACCAGCCCAUGCAGGCCGGCCGAGGCGGUCUGGGAUGCUGCGAGUUAUCUCGGCAGUAUCCCGAAUCCUUCCCCGACUUCGCUCUCGGGUACUGCAGCGAUUCCUCCUGCAACAGCUCGGACGGCAUCCUGGUCAACUUCAGCACCAUCUUCAACAAGACCAACAACAGCGUUCCCGACAAGCCGGCGCUGAACCUGAACAGUUCUGCCAACCACUCCUGCACCUCGCCAAGUUCUGAACCCGUCGGUAAGGGCGGGGCCGAGUAUGCCAGCGCGGGCGGAGCUUUCUACCUGGACUUGCACAGAUCUCCGACCGAAGCUCUUAAUGAAUCCUCGUCCUGCCAGUGCUCCUCCCAGCCACAAGCCGGCACUGUGGAGCUCGAUGCUAACUGCAACUCCUACCACAACCAGGAGGGGCAGUUACCCUCGGAUACCUCCGCUACCGACCUCGCGUCGUGCAUGCAGAGCCAGGCGCGGCUGGUUGUGGCGACCCAGAACUACUACAAACUGGUGACCUGUGACGUGUCCUCACAUUCCACCCCGAGUCCUGUAGGGUCUUCUGUCACCAGCUGCUCCGAUGAACACAGCAAAGGAAGUCCCACCCAGCCCACCGAGUACUUCCUGUUUAGGCACACUAAAGACGAGGAGGAGGAGGAAGGACCAGGAGAAGAUGCUCAAGAGAACACACAGCCAAGUCUGAGGGAGGAGGAGCCAGACAGAACCGGCUCCGCCCAUUCCAGUGUGAUCGAGGGUCAGGUGUACGUCAACAUCUCGCCACCUGUGGGCGCCUCCGCCCCCGGGCCCCGCCUCCGCUCCCGCAGCUACGACCGGAAUCUGGACCGGACUCCACCCCCUCGCCUGGGCUCGCUGGAGCGCAUGCUGAGCUGCCCCGUCCGCCUCAGCGAGGGCUCCGCCUCCAGCCCGCAGGCCCCGCCCCGCGUCACCUCGUUCGCAGAGAUAGCCAGGAACAAGCGGCGCGGCGGCGGAUCUCCGUCACAGAAGAGCAGCGGCGAGGCCUCCUCCGUCCACUCGCACUCGUCCGGAGAGUUCUUCCCCAUCCUGGAGGAUCUGCACCCGCUGGUCAACUCCUCAAACUGGAGCGGAGCGCUCAGAGACUCGCCCGGGGGGUCAGGGAGAGAGGCACGCAGCAGAGCUGAGGGUCAUCUGUCCAGUUCGGCGGACUCGUCCCCGGCUGUGGUGCGCUACAGUAAGGACCAGCGUCCCAACACGUUACCCAUACAGCCCUUCACCUUCCAGCACCAGUUGGGGAAGCCCCAGCCCAAACCCGUGCUCCCUCUGCUGGACGAAUACAUCAAUCACAUGCAGGCUCGGUUAGGCUCCGCCCCCGCCGAGCAGGACGAGGAGGACUCCGACGACGACGGCCGACGCCCGUCUCCUCUGGGGAGUUACUCUCCGCCUCGCUCCCUGUCCUCCCCCGCCCCACCGUCUCACACCUCGCCGGCCGUCGUCCCGGCCACCAGAACCACACCGCUGCCUCCGACUCCACCUCCUGCCACCAGGGGCCACUGCUUCCACCGGACCAGCCUGACCAAGCUACCCACGCUGCCCAGCUCCGGCCUCAGCCCGGUGGCACAGGUGGAGCCAGAAGGACAGGAAGAGGAUGUGACAGAGCUUCCUGUGUGUGUGGCGCAGAGGCAGAAUAACGUGCAUCAUCUCUCUCCUCAGACUCUUAAAUGGAGGGAGUACCGGCGUAAGAACCCCCUGGGGGUGGAGAAGAGAGACUCCUCCUCUCCCUCCUCUUCCUCUCUUUCCUCCUCUGCUCCUCUGACCAUCGGGAGACGCGCCGAGAGACGCAACGUCUUCGAUUUCCCUCCGUCCAGUCACGCGCUGAUCCUCAGCAGACUAAACGGUCAGUCAGUGAGGUGUUACAGUGACCUGCUGCCUGAUUAUUUCUCCCACACGGAGCGCCCCCCAGAGGAGUUCUGCCUCUCACCCGACGCCACCACCGAGGAGUCCAUCUCCAUCGACCUGCAGCAAAAGAGAGCUCUGGUGAAAGCCAUUAACACAGCAGUGGAUCUGAUCGUGGCUCAUUUUGGCACCAGUCGGGAUGCAGGAGUGAAGGCAAAGUUAGGUAACAGCUCAGUGAGUCCGAACGUGGCUCACCUGAUCCUGAAGUACCUGUGUCCCGCCGUGAGCGAGGUGCUGCAGGACGGACUGAAAGCGUACACGCUCGACAUCAUCAUCGGCCAGAGACGCAACCAUCAGUGGAGCGUGGUGGAGGCGUCCACUCAGCUCGGUCCUUCCACACGGGUGUUACACAGCCUCUACCUAAAGGUCAGUCAGUAUUCAGAGCUGACCAAUCACAGCAUGAGACUCAACGCUUUCAUCUUCGGCCUCCUGAACUUGAGAUCUCUGGAGUUCUGGUUUAAUCACAUUUACACACAUGAAGACGUUAUAGUGGCGCACUACCACCCGUGGGGUUUCCUCUCCCUGACCCAGGGGGCGUGCCAACCCAUGUUUGAGGAGCUGCUGCUCCUGCUCCAGCCCCUGUCGCUCCUGCCCUUCGACCUCGACCUCCUGUUCGAACCUCAUCAGUUACAGAGAGGUCAGGAGCACCUGAGGUGCAAAGAGCAGCUCUGCUCCGCCCGCCAGGGCCUGGACCAAUCGGCUCGCUCUACCUUCCAACUCAUGAGAGGCCCGGCGGAGGCGGCGCCCAUACGGGUCAAGAAGGCGGAGUCCAAGCAAGAAGGGGCGGGGCUCCACGGGGCCAGGCUGGUGCUCAGGAGAGAAGGAUCGUGGCCCCGGAUGGACGGGGCGGAGGCUACAGCGCACGGAGAGAGAGGAUAUGGAUCAGAAAGUGAAGGAUUCAGGCUGGACCGAGGACGCAGUGCUGAGAGGAUGAACGGAGUAGGAGGAGAGGACGUGGAGAGGGAGAGGAGGAGAGAGAGAGAGGGAGUGAAAGACGCCGAGAGAGACAGGAUGAGGAAUAAACAGGCCGGCUGGUGGUUCCAGCUCAUGCAGAGCUCGCAGGUCUACAUCGACAACUCCGUCGAGGGGUCCAAGUUCGUCAAGUGGGAGAGACGCAGGAGAGGAGGCGGCGCCGAGGGGCGCAGACAGAACGAGCCACCCCGGAGAGUGGGCGUGGUCGAAGGAGCAGAGGCUCAUCAUGAGAGGACGGAGAACAGCGGUGUGAGGGGUGGAGCCGCCGCUGAAAUCCUCACCCAAUCGGAACCUCCUAAACCCAAGCCCUCGUGGAUGGGCAGCCCCCCGGAGUCGGUGCUCUCCGAGCUGAGGAGGACCAACGAGACGCAGCCGGGGGGACGAGAACCCGAAACGCAGACGACGCAGAACCUGCGCUGGGGUCGGCUGUUCGGAGCGGGGAACGUCAGCAAGAGCGAGAGAACAGAACCCAAAUCAUCCAAGAACCAGAAGAGCAGGUUACCGUCCGGGUGGUUGAACCUGGAUCGUUCCGUGUUGGAUUUGGUGGUGAGGAAAAGAUCAGAGCCUCACACACCCAACACACACACCGCUGAGAUACAACCGAGCCAAACACAGGAGACCAACACACAGACCACAGCGUCACGCAGCGUGAGGGCGCUGUGUCACCACAUCGCUACAGAACCGGCUCACCUCAGCUUCCAUAAGGGCGACGUGCUGCAGGUGCUGAGCAAAGCCGGCCCCGAUUGGCUGCUGUGUGCGUCCGGCCACGCCCGAGGCCUGGUGCCGAUCGUUUACGUCACUCUGAACGACGAGGAGAGCAUCGAGCCACACGCGCCGCAGUAAAACAGACAGUCAUGGUCUAUCCAUCUUCAUUCAGUCUAUGAUCACAGAGUAUGCUGCUAAUGCUAAUUUCAACCACAACACACACACACAGCGAUUACACGGCAUGUAGAACUGAGGUCACGCUCACUGGGUCACAUCACUGGAGCGGUCUGAAUCACUGCUGCGUCAUCUGUAGAACAUCAUGAACCACACGUGAUCCAGACCGCAGCACUGCAGCAGGUCAGAACCAGCUCGGAUGAUUAGUGGGAAAUGUUUUCACCCCGUCACCCAGAAAUCCUCUGGUAACCCAGAGUCCCAGAGAGCAUAGGUGGAAGGGCUGGUGGCUGGAGGCGACAGCUUCACGUGUCAGAGGAAGCACGUGCAUGGCCCUAACCCCUCCACACUGGAAGCUGUCGCCUGAUACGGGAAGCUUUAGUGAUACGGUUAUGUUUGAGUAUAUAAAUGUAUAUAUGUUUUAUUUAUUACACAUAUUUCAAUAAUAUAUAAUAAUAUAUAAUACACUAGUUACAAUGUGCUGCCAUGCAAACUGUCAUGUGACCCUUAAAUAAGCUGUUUAGGAAACAUCUGACAUAACAGAACAAGCUCAGCAGGAGAACCACCGCGCUCUCUACACUAAACACAACCGAGCCUGCAUGACUGAGUGAAGAUGGAUCUAAACACACACACACACACACACAACGGGAUUACAGACUCACAGAGAAACGCUCUACACUUCCACUUCCUGCCGUUCUGACCAAUCAGAACGUCCCACAGCAGGACCGAGAGGUUGUUUUUGCAUGUCACAGACUCCACCGAGCAAAACUUUACUGAGCAAAACAUGGACACGGAUCUACACAGACCUGGUCCUGCUGGAGAGGGACAGGAGGACGCCGACACUAGCUUUAGCAUCUAAAUGGACCUGUGUGCUCGGGGUUUAUGUUUUAGUUAUUAUUUAUAAAGUGUUCUGAGAUGAGCUGCAGGUCAGGCAUGUGCUGAAACACUCGAUAUCAGAACUCACCCUGUAAUCCAGAUCCAGGAAGCUGCGGGGGUUGCCAGGUUUUUCCUUUGUAGAUCCACUUCUAUAUUUAACCACAAAACAAUGGUGUGAUAGAGAAGAAUGCAAUUAAGUUUGGAGCGUCCCUACAGCUGACUGAUGGGUGAUCCCCCCCCCCCCAGCAGACCUGAUCACUUCUGAACCGUCCACAGCUCCUCCAUCAAAACUAAAGCUAGCCAGUAGUGUAAUUAAAAGUGAUCGUGACUGCUGACUAUGAGACAAUCGAUUCCCUUCCGCCUGUAAACGCGCUGCUCUCUCUCUCUGAGCGGCCGUGGCGAGCUCUGACUGGAGCAGAACGAGGAGCGUGUGAGAGCAGCAGCAGUGUAAAGACUCAGCACAUGCCUGAUCUGUUCAGUUACACCAGGGUUCGACUGUGUGAACUUGUACUGAGAUGAUUUAUUAUAUAACGUGUUGCACUCUGUAUUCUCUGUAUGACAUCACGUCCAUCCCAGUGUAGACGUGCAGACUGACCUGCGAGAGCCGUUUACACACCACACGUCUGUCUGGUCACUGAAGCCACAGUGCGAAUGCAGCGUUCUGACCGCUGCUUCACCUUAAAGGAACAAUUCAGACACUCACGUUCAGGUUAGAGUAUUAUGGGCUGUCGGUGCUGUAGAAAGCCAUCCUGCUAUUCAACUGACUGAUCAGAAGUUCUCCCUCUCCAUGGUAAACAGGACAUUACUAUACAAUUCUCUCACAUUCUCCGAAGUAAGCACCCCCUUACUAACAGUUUGGAUGUCUCUAGCCUUGUGUAACAAUAAGGCAGUGAUUGUUGGAAAAGACUGAAGGUGCAUUAUGGGAUGAGUAGUUUAUUCCUCGUGUGUUUCUCGACAUUUGUAGUGCAUUAUGAUCUGGUAGCAGUAUUUUAAAUGGAUGGUCGGACUUCUGGAAUCCUAAAGUUCAUCUCUGAUGAUUAGAGAAACACAAACGUGAGUGAGCUUUGAUAGCCCAGUGGUUAAGGUACUGGACUAGUAAACAGAAGGUUGCCGGUUCAAGCCCCGCCACCACCAAGUUGCCACUGUUGGGUCCCUGAGCAAGGCCCUUAACCCUCAAUUGCUCAUCGUGUAAGUCGCUUUGGAUAAAAGCGUCUGCUAAAUGCUGAAAAUGUAAAUGUAAAUGAGCUGGUUGUCCCAAAACAAACGAUACGUUUGUACUAGUGCUACGUAUACAGAGGGGGGCCAAAAAUAUACACACUGCUCUCCUUAUUUCAUUCUAAUUAAAAAAGUCCGUAGCUAACAUUAUUACAGUGUCCACAUUUUUGUCCUCUCUGUAUUUGCUGAUUCUUUACUCAACUGUUCCUUUAAGUAGAUUUCAGCAGUGGCUCUGGGACAGGAAUGUUCACCUGUAUUAAAAUGUGUGGUCACUAAAGGGAGGCCAGGCAGGACUUCUUUAUUAUUUAGCAUUAAUGCACACUAAUUUAUUGAACUAAUCACUUGUGUUAAUAAGUGACGCUAACAUGAAUCAUGAUGUUCUUUGUAAAAGUUAGAUUAUGAAUUUGUUUUUUACAGAUGAUGACCAGGUCACGUUAUAAGUUGAUUUUGUUUUUUGUUGGAACAUUUAUGAUAUUAUUUUCUUAUAAAGAAAUGCAUUACUGUAUUAUUUGAUUGUCAUGCUUAAAUGUAAAUAUGAGAUCCUCUAAAGACUAUGCUGAUGUUAUUGCGGUUGUUAUUAACAGUUAAUAACACGUGUAUUUAAACAGUCUGUACAGAUUAUCACUGUUAUACUGGUGUUAUACUGAUAUUAUACUGAUGUUAUUAGAGGAAGUUCCUUCUGUUCUCCACAGCUCUGUGAUCUAGACUUUAGUUCUGCUCUGCUUUGGUUUGUUACUGUACAGCACUGAUGCACACAGAGAGCGAGAGAGAGUAUUGAUUAUAGAUUAGUGCCUUUUUGUAUUGAUACGACUCUCACUAAUGAUGUGAUAAUAUAUCAGUGUAAUGGUAUACAUGCUUAAAAUGUUAAAUCAUUCAACAUCCCAAGAACAUUCAAUCUGAACCUGAACAAGACAUUACAACAAGUAUAAAGUUGGGCCCCGUCAGGCAACACACUUAUGUUACACUCGCACCUAUACAGAAUAAUCAGCAACUAUAUUUAGAAAGUUACAAGAGAGUUAAAGGAAGUGAAUCAGGUUAUAAUUAGUGAGUGACGUUUGUUGUCUCUGUGCAUCUCUCUCUCGCUGUGUGUGUGUGUGUGUGUGUGUGUGUGUUAGCUCUGUUUCUCAAAUCUGGAAACACGUCGAAGCUCAAUGUGCUGCUGAACUGCAAACUUGUUGAUCAGAAUAGGCCAGUUAACCUGGUCCUUCCUGCCGUGAGAAACAGAGCUCCUGCUAACCCUAACCCUUUUGUAGAACGUGUAGGACAUCACCAAACGUGUAUGGAGAUCAAUAACAAAGUGCUCACGUGAACGACCA